CAAACGUAAACAAAGCCAGGAAACGCAGCACACUGAGUUGUUCCCGCCUGUUUGCCUUGUGUCUAUAUUUCCUUACAACUUCGACCCGAUAGCAAUGGCUGACGCUGCUUCAGGCUCCGUGGACAGGUCUGUCCAGGUCAAGCUGGUUCUUCUCGGCGAGGCUGCUGUUGGCAAAUCUUCGGUAGUCCUCCGUUUUGUUUCGAAUGAAUUCCAAGCAAACAAGGAGCCCACCAUUGGUGCUGCAUUUUUGACUCAGAAAUGCCGCCUCGAAGACCGCGUCCUCCGUUACGAGAUUUGGGAUACUGCUGGCCAGGAACGUUUCCACUCUCUUGCUCCCAUGUAUUAUCGUAAUGCUCAAGCCGCAGUGGUCGUUUACGACGUAACGAAAGCAUCGAGUUUAGAGAAGGCGAAGUCAUGGGUGAAGGAGCUUCAAAGACAAGCAAAUCCCAACAUCGUCAUCGCAUUGGCUGGCAACAAAGUUGAUCUCGUACAAACAUCUCCUUCGUCAUCUGGGUCCACUCCAUCAUCCGAAUCUGAAGAUGAGGCCGAUGAUGCUACAGUCUCGCCCGGGGAGACUCCUAGCGCUAGUGGUGGCGAGCCAGAGAGUUUGCGACAGGUGCCACGUGAGGAGGCUCAGGCCUACGCUACUGAGGCUGGCUUGCUGUUCUUUGAGACUAGUGCUAAGACUGGUGAGGGUAUCGUCGAGAUAUUUACAGAGAUAGCGAAGAAGAUACCUAUCGAGCACAUCCUGGCUUCAACACGAGGUGCCGCAGGUCGAUCUGGCGGCGCAGGUGGACGAACUGGAGGGGCCAGACAGGAAGUGAACCUCGAGGAGCAACAGUCGAAGAAAGACGCAUGCAACUGUUGAGUGUGCCGCUGAGUAUUAUUUGGACUGUACACUUCAACUUCGCGAUUAUUUCGCUUCUAUCAGUACACCUGUUAUUCCCCUCAUACGUCCCCAGUGUUUGCCAUCUACGUGGCUACUGUUGCCUUGGUCAUUCAUAUGUAAUUUGCUUUUAUAAUUCAUCUGCAACACAAAUGUUGGACUUGGUACUGUUUGAAGCUAACUUAUAAAUACACUUUGCAGCAGGGUACACUU